AAGGAAUACCUUAAAUACGUUAAGACGGUUCUUAACAUUCUUAACAAAGUAUACGUUUAUAUUUCAGUAGAGAAAUCCUUUAUAGCCUACCUAUCAGUAAGACUUCUUAGCUAUAUAGUCAAUGGCGAAGGAGUAGCUAAGAUAGACAAUAGGAUUACUAUAUUUAAGAAGCUCAAGUUUCCUAAUACCCUAGAGACCUUAGAGCAGUACCUAGGUAUAGCCGGAUAG